GUUAUUUUUUUUCUCUCGUGUGUGUGUUGACGUCGCGGUUUCGUCCAAGUGUGCGCGGCUCUAUUUCAGUAUAAAAGAGUCAAAGUGGAACAUAGCGCUAGGAUUUCCCCCUCAACCGAGCCCAAGUUGGUAUUACUUCUCAGUCUGAAGUAAAAACUACCUUCACUUGUGGAUUAUUAUUGUGUGAACUAUGGGUCGUUUUUGUGUCACCGUUCUUUUACUGCUCGUUGCAGGUUUUGCCACACAUGCCGCCAAAUUACCAAGCACGUUCAAACGCUGCCACAAAAGUGACCCGAAAUUUGAUGACUGUCUCGUCGUCAACAUCGAGGACGCCAUACAUCAGUUGAAAAAUGGUGCCCCUGAACUUGGUUUGGACUCCUUCGAGCCCCUCCUUAUUUCAGAGCUGGUCAUUGGCGAAGGAUCCGGCCCUGUAAACGUCCAACAAAACUUCAAAAAUGUCAAAUUGCACGGCCUGACUGGAUCCAAAGUCUUAAGUCAAAAGGCCAGCUUGGAUCAAAACAUGCUCUUUGCCCAGUCGGUAACGCCAAUGUUGCGACUAGAGGCCGACUAUGAUAUGAAAGGACGGGUUUUGCUACUUCCAGUUUUCGGAAAUGGACCCUGCAAUGUCACUUUAGUGAAUACGAAAAUCAAUCACACGCUGAUCGGCGAGCCCUUUGAACGCAAGGGCCGGACUUUCCUCAAGUGGGUGGACUACAAGGUGACCCUUCGUCCUGAAAUUGUCAAAUUCCACUUUGCUAAUUUAUUUAAUGGUGAUGAUCGGCUCGGGAACGAAAUUAACCGAGUGAUUAACGAAAAUUGGGAUGCUGUCUUUACCGACGUCAGAGACGGCUAUGAGAAGAGUUUUGGGCUCAUUUUCAAAGAUUUGGCCAAUCGGGUGUUCACACGUGUACCACUCAAAGACAUAUUUUUAGAGACCAAACUGGUUUGGAAUCCCAUCACUAAUAUAAAAGAAAAGAUUCGCGCGAAUCUGGGCCUCCAUAUCGCCAUGAAGUCACUUCACCUUGCAGUUCUCUCGUUUUUGUGUUUUGCAAACGCGCGCAAACUGCCGCCGACAUUCAAAAAAUGCAACGUUAACGCCAACUUGAACCAAUGCCUGGCCGAAGCCAUCCCUGACGCCAUCAGACAAUUGAAAACUCCGAUGCGCAAAAUCGGGUUACCCAGCCUCCAGCCUCUGGUAAUCCCCGAAAUGACUAUAGCACCCGGGGACGGCCUUCUGGGGUUUUACCAAAACUACACCAACUUGCGGGUUGGAGGGUUUGAUAAAAUAAGUUGCCACAAAGUCGAUAUGAAUUUGGAGAGCAAGAUUUUGACAAUGAGCUGUGCUUCCCCGCAACUCAGGGCCGACUUUGAUUAUUACUUUAACGGUUCGAUUUCCAUUUUGCCCAUUUAUGGGGACGGUAACGGAUCAAUUGUUUUGGACAAUGUUAAGUGUUUGCACACUUUUUACAUGAAACAGUACCAGAAGAAGGAAAAAACACAUUUCAGGGUCACCAACAGUACGCUAGAUGUGAACCCCCAACACGUCACCCUGCAGUUUAAUAAUCUCUACAAUGGGGACAAAUUUUUGGAAAGUAAUUUAAACGUGGUCAUGAAUGAAAACUGGCGAGAAGUUUACCAGGAGCUGAAACCAUUGCUUGAGGAGGGUUUUACGAGAGUUUUUGCCGCUUUGUUCGAUAGUGUGUUGAGGAGAGUGCCGGUCAGUGACCUUUUUGAAGGUUACCAGGACGCACAAUUGUGAAUUUUUUAAUUUAUUUGCUGUAAUUUAUUGUUAAUAAAACCAAAAAACACUGCUUAUGCAA